UCGGUGUUUCAGUUCGUUCUUUCGUAGUUCGCUCACGUUUCAUUCCGACGAUACAACGAAAAACAUCGGUGACAAAGGAUAAGGAGAGUUGACUUUAAAAAAGAAAUAACCGAGAGAAGAUAAAACGUGAUGUUUACAAGCAGCGCUAAAGAUAAAAGGUCGAGAGACCUCGAAACAUCUUCGAUAGCCGCGUUUUACGCGGGGAGAAGCAUCUUCAUUACCGGCGCUACCGGUUUCUUGGGUAAGGUGUUGAUCGAGAAGCUGCUCAGAUCCUGUCCCGAUGUACGUGAGAUAUUUAUGCUGAUGCGCCCAAAGAAUGGACUCUCCAUUGACGAUAGAUUGAGGAAGAUGCUUCAAUUGCCCCUAUUUGAUAAAUUACGGGAGGAGAAACCAUCUAGCUUCGAGAAACUGAUCCCUGUCCUUGGCGAUACUAGCCAAGAAGGGUUGGGUUUGCCCGCGAUCGAACGCCGGGUGAUAACCGAUCGAGUUUCCAUCAUUUUCCACGUAGCCGCGAACGUUCGAUUCGACGAGAACUUGAAGAAGGACAUCAUUUCGAACGCUCGUUCAACGAGAGACGUCUGCAUACUCGCGGGAUCUAUGAAGAAUCUGGUUGCGCUGCUACACGUUAGCUCGGCGUUCGCCCAAGCGGACAAGCCGGUGGUCGACGAGGUUGUCUAUCCUCCCAUCACCAACUGGAGGGACACUAUUAAGAUGGUGGAAACCCUGGAUGAACAGACUCUCCGAAUCUUCUCCUCCAAAUACCUGGGUUCGAUGCCGAACACCUACACCUUCAGCAAGCGACUGGCGGAACAGGUGAUCGACGACUACUCGAAGGACUUGCCCUGUGUGAUCUUCCGGCCGUCGAUAGUGGUGUCCACGGUGGAAGAUCCCAUAAGCGGCUGGUUGGAUAACUUCAACGGACCCGUGGGGAUGCUGAUCGGAGGAGGAAAAGGACUAUUGCGGGUGGUCUGCAUUGAUCCAACAGCGUCCAGCGACUAUCUUCCGGUCGACGUGGCCAUCAGGGCUAUGUUGACUUGCGCCUGGAAACGGGGACUGCAAACGAUUACCAAAGAUCCCAGCGUUCACGUGUACAACUGCGCCUCCUAUCAGGUCCGUCGGAUCGUCAACCAAGAGUUGGUCUCGAUGGGUCUGAGGAUCAACGAAAAGAUACCGCUGGAGGGAACAAUUUGGUAUCCCCGGACGCUGCUAACAUCCAAUCGUUUCAUCCAUUACGUGAUGACUUUGUUUGUUCAUCUUCUGCCGGCUUUGGCGAUCGACGGAGUGCUCAAACUGUCGGGACGUAAACCGAUGCUGUUCAAGAUCCAAAAGAAAAUCUAUUCGGGCGUGGUGCAACUCGACCAUUUCCUUCACAACGAAUGGACCUUCCAUAACUCCAAGAUGCUGGACAUUUUGUCGAAGGAAGUUCCACCGGCGGAACGAGAAAUCUUUGGCUACAACUUUGAUAAUUUCAAAAUGGAACAAUUCUUCGAGAACUGCUUGAUCGGGGCGAAGCGUUACCUCCUGCACGAGGACUUGAAUCGAAUAGAAGAGGCGAAACAACAUUACAACAGGAUGAUGCUGAUCGACCGGAUAUUCAACGCGUUGAUGAUGAUAUUGAUAACCUGGCUAGUGUUCAAAACCGGCCUCUUUUCGUACAUGGCCGAAUCGAUCGGUCGUCUCUUGGACGGAUCGUUUCUGGAGGAGUAAUGUCCUCGAAUAAUCGUGACUAAUAAAAGGAAAUAUCAAAGAA